UGUGUGUUUGUGAUUAGAGACACAGUGACUGGAUUAAGAGCAUGGGCUCCGGAGUCAGAGUUGGAUUUCAGGACUCUGCCCUUCCCCAGAAGGGGCUGGAGAAAAUGACCAAGUUCCAGGAGCCAGUGUCCUUCAAGGACGUGGCUGUGACCUUCACCAAGGAGGAGCUGGGGCUGCUGGACUCCACUCAGAGGAAGCUGUACCAAGACGUGAUGCUGGAGAACUUCCGGAACCUGGUCUCAGUGGGAUAUCUACCUUUCAAAUUAGAUAUGAUACUACAGCUGGGGAGAAAAAAGAAGCUUUGGGUGAUGGAGCCAGAAGCCCAAGGAGCUGGGUGUUCAGGACACGGGAACCAAAAUGAGAUAGAGACUCUUCAAGAAGCAGGAUUAAGACAGCUUUUACAUGAAGGCCUUAUGUGCUGGCAGAUAUGGGAACAGUUUACAAGUAAAUUAACCAGAACUCAGGACUCAAUAAUAAAUCUGCAAGGCAAGAAGUUGCCAAAACAAGAUGAUUCCUCCUGUGAGGUGUGGUCAGGAGAAUCUACUCAGCUUCCUGAAGAUGAGAACUAUGUAGGAAAGCUUCAAGGAGAGAGUUCCACAAGUAUCAAAAAUCAAGAGUCUCCAACUCAGACAUCCUGGGAUUUCUGGAGAAAAAUGUAUCUGAGAGAGUCACAGAAUUAUCAGAGUAGGUGUCAGCAAAUUGACAUAAAAGAUAAACUGUGUCAGUGUGAUCACUGUGUCAUGAGAAGGAUCUCUCAUCACCAUGGCAAUCAGGAAGUACACAAAAGCGAGAAGGCUUGUGGCCACAAUAAUCAUGGAAAAGACUUUGUGAAGAACACAUCCCAGCAUAGUAUCAUCCACUCAGGAGAGCAGACCUCUGAUGAGACUGGAAAAGGUGUCAGCCUUGGCUAUGAUGUUGAACUUCAUCAGCAGUUGUGUGUAGGAGAGAAGCCCCACGUGUGUAGUGAGUGUGGGAAGGGCACCACGUAUAACUCAGUGUUUCGCCUUCAUUACAGUGUUCACAGAGGAGGGAAACGCAGUGGGAAUGAUGAAUGUGGGGUGGACUUGGGUCAGAGCUCACAUCCGGAGACCCAUCAGAGAGUCAACCCAGGGGAGAAACCCUACAGAUCUGGGGUGUGUGCUGCUGAGAGCUUCAAUCAGAACUCCUCCCUUCCCACUCAUGAGCCCAUUCACCCGGGGGAGAAUCUGUGUAGGGGUGGCAGGUGUGGGAAGGGCUCCAGUCAUAGCUUAGACCUCAACAGUCACUGUGUAGACAACACUGGCGAGAAAUCCUGGAAAUGUGAGCUGUGUGGUAAAGGCUUCAAUGAGACAUCACAAAUUCAAGCCCAUCAGACAGCCUACCCUCAAGACAAAACGUCCAAAUGGAAGGCAUAUGACAGGAUAUUCAGUCAGAGCUCUGGUCCUCUUCAGAGAGUUCACACUGGAGAAAAACCAUAUAAAUGCGAGGUAUGUGGGAAAGACUUCAGUAAGGCCUCCAACCUUCAAGCCCAUCAGAGAAUCCACACCGGCGAGAAACCCUACCAAUGUGAUGUGUGUAAUAAGAGCUUCAGCCGGAAUUCCCAUCUUCAGGCCCAUCAGAGAGUCCACACGGGAGAGAAACCCUACAGAUGUGACACAUGUGGGAAGGAUUUCAGUCAGAUUUCCCAUCUUCAGGCCCAUCAGAGAGUCCACACAGGAGAGAAGCCCUACAGAUGUGACACAUGUGGAAAAGGCUUCAGUCAGAGCUCACAUCUUCAAGACCACCAGCGGGUCCACACUGGAGAGAAACCCUACACGUGUGACGUGUGUGGGAAGGGUUUCAGUUGGAGCUCCCAUCUUCAAGCCCAUCAGAGAGUCCAUACAGGAGAGAAACCCUACAAGUGUGAAGAAUGUGGGAAAGGCUUCAUCUGGAACUCGUACCUUCACGUUCAUCAGAGGAUCCACACGGGAGAGAAACCCUAUAAGUGUGGCAUGUGUGGGAAGAGCUUCAGUCAGACCUCCCAUCUUCAAGCCCAUCAGAGGGUCCAUACAGGAGAGAAACCCUACAAAUGUUUUGACUGUGGUAAGGGCUUUAGCAAGAGUUUGUCUUCAGGUUCAUCAGAGAGUCCAUAGUGGUGAUCAAUCCAGUACAUGCAGAGUGUGAUAAAAGUGUUCUUCAGAAUUUAGACUUCUCAUUUUCAUCAGAAAACGCCCACAACAGGGGCUAUUUAUAAAAUGUUGUAUUUUAAGCAUUCAGGAGGCAGCUGCUUUUUUUUACAGUCAUCCGAAUUCCAUUGGAGGAGACCUAUUUGUUGUAUGAGUAUGGCCAGUGUGUCCAGCAGAGCCCAAAAUGUCACACUUCUCAAGAGAAUGCACAGCAGAGAAACCUUGUAAGGAUGGUGCAGUAGGUUUCAGUCAGAACCUUUACAUUCAAUAGAAUCUACAUGGGGGAGAAGCUUUAAAAAUGAGAAGUACCGUCAGGACUUCAGGAAAAGUAUAAUGAUGGACAUGACAAAAUCCACGUCCACUAGAAUGUAAGCUCCAUGGGGGCAGGAGGUCUAUUUACUGCUUGUAUGACUGUGACCUGGAACCAGUGCCAAACAGAGCAGGUGCCCUGGACUUUGUCUCACUUGAAGGAGAGGAAUAGGACAAACAUUUGAAAAUGUUAGUGAGCUCAAUCCCAAGUAGUCACGAUAAAUUGUACUAGGAAAAGGAUUCUUGGAAGAAGCCUUAAAAGUUAAUUCAAGGAAAUGAUAAUUUAAUAAAAAUAUGUUAAAUCA